AUGCUGCGCCGCGUCGCCUACACGUUGCUGCCGCGCGACCCGCAGGAGGUGCGGCUCCUCCACCACACCAGUGGUGGCGUCGUCAUCGCAGCCGUGCGCUACAGGAAAUUGUCGUCGCCGCUGUUCUUCACAGUUGUCGAGAUGGCGGCGCCGAACGAGCACGCGCUGCCGCUGCGCGUGGUGCACGUCCGGGUGCCGCGCCCCGCCGCGGUGGUGAGCGCCAUUGCGCUGGUGCGCAGCGCAGACGGCGCGGAUAUCUACGUGGUUGUGCAGGCCGCUGAGAAGACGGACGCCGAAGCCGCUCCAGCCCCCGUCACGUCGUACGUCUACCGCCGCCAGAUAGUUGCCAGCGACGAGGAUGACGACGGCGACAAGACGCACGACUACGCCGUCGAGGACGAUGUGGUAUCCUCCUCUGCGGCAUCGGCGGUGUCAGCCGCCACGCGAGUGCGCUAUCAGCGGCUGCCGCGCGCGUUCGCCAGCGCCAGCGCGGCCACCUGGACUGCUGUGGCUGCCUUCAACCCCAGUGAGAACAUGCUGACAGAUGUGAACUCAUCGGUUGGUGCAGUGGUCACCCCAACUGCCGCCUUCAUCACGGCCAGUGGCAGUGGUGCAGACAUCCAGCUCCAGCUGUGGCAGCUGUGCGGCACCCGCGUUACGCUAGAGGCAACGUGGAGGGUGCCGGCGCUCGCCGGCUUCGCGGUGGAGGAGAUCCUGACGCUGCCCGGCACCCAGGACGUGGCGUUGCUGCGGCACCACAACAGCAUCCUUGAGGUGAACCUUUCGGCUCUGCGCAGCGCGUGCGCGUACCGCAGCAGUGUCACGGGCAACGCGUUCCUAUCACGCGCGUGGCGGUGGUCCGCGCACGAGCAGCUGACCGCCUGCGCCGUCAAGGAUGCGCUGCUGUACGCCGGAACUGAGGGGGGCGCGGUGCUCAUGUGGGACCUGCGCAGGCCAACAUCCACCGCCGCCGCCGCCGGUCCGUGCGGCGGGCCGCCACCGCUGUGCAGUGCCGCGCUCAAGACGCCAAUCACGGGCUUGUACGCGCCGUACGCGACCGGCUUCAUCACGUGCGACGCCAGCGGUGGGGUACGGGACUGGCGAGAGCGGGGUGAGACAGGCAAGGGCGACAACCAGAACGAGGAGGCCGAGGAAGGCGCCCUGCGCGACGUGGCCGGCAUGGCGGCGUCAGCAGCGGCAGCGGCGACCCAGUUCCCGUACCGCUCGCGUGCGCCGGUGGAGAUGCCAACCGGUGAAGAGGGCUGCGUCGCCCUCGACGGCCACGACAACUUCGCCGCCGUGGUGAGUGAGUGCGGCCGUCUGUGUCUCUACUUCUGCGACUAA